AUGUAGCAAUCUAAGUCUCCGUUCAAUGGUUAGUCACAAGAGUAAACGUACCAAAAUAAAGGUAACCUAGUUUAAAAAUAUAACGCUACAGACAACCAAUAUCUAGAUGAGAACAUUCUAGACACAAUAGAGGAGUUUUAAGAAGAGAGUACUAUGGAUCAGAAAGAGAAUAGAGAACCUAUGUCAGAUACUAACGUUCACAAAGCUGCCAAUAAAAUACCCGAUCUCAACACCAAUAGAGUUGCUAAUCCAUCCGUUCACAAAAGAGCAAUUAUUAAAGAUACAACCAAUAUUACUGAGGGUAGCCCUUUCAAAAUGUCAUUUCGGAUGAGAGAUAAUAAUUAUGUUGAGUAGCAUCAUUUGAUUGCACACUAACUUUAGUAAAUGCCUGAACCUAAUGAUGAGAGUUUCGCAUUCUACAAUAUUGACAACUCACCAUCAAAGAAAUCUUUUGAUGGCAAUCUAUCUCAUGAUAGCCUGGACAUUUAAAUUACUGAGGUUGAUGGCAUAAAAGAUGAUUACAUUGACAAGUAUAUGUCCAACCGAUCAGAAUAAGACAGAAAACAAGAGCUAGCUGAAGACUUUUUUUAAAUUAUUAACGAUGAUAUGAAUGAUUAUAUUGAGUCAGGACAUCUAAUCCCACUAUUCAGGAAGCUGUAUGUGCAAUAAACAUAGGUUACAGGAUAAUUUUUUCUGGAAUUUCUUGAAAAUAUGUAUCGGGUAAAGAGCGCAGUUUUUAAUAGAUAGGAAUGGAAUGUCGAGAAAAUUGAUACUGAUGAGGAAUUUUUAGAUUCUAAUAAUAAAAGAUCACUCUUAAAUAAUGCUAAACUCACAAUCAAUAAGGAGAUAUUUAUUGAUCCAGUUUAAGUAAAGACAAUUUUGGAAAAAUUCGUUUUGUUAAAUGAAGAAUUAGGAAAGUAUAAGAUAGUAGGGAUUCUCUCUAGAAUAAAAGAAUAGAAUCUGCAAGAUAUGUAUAAAGACUACACCUUUUCACCAUAGCUGAAUUCCUAGAAACUUAAACUCUAAAUCUAAUCGUCCACAAAUAGUAUUAGUAUACAUAAUGAUGACGUUGUGUCUGAUAGAUUUUAUGCAACUCCUAUGAAUGCUAGACUUAAUUUUAGCAAAUUAUAAUAAACUUCUACUAAAAGUUCGAACAAAGGAGGAGGACUUUAAGAAUCUAUAUUAAGUAUUGAUAGUAAAAUUGAUAAGUCGAUUUCUCACCUACAUAAAUCUAUCAUAGAUCAACCAAAAUAUUAAGAUAAAAAUAGUUUAAAAAAUGAGACUUCAUAAGAUAAAAUUAGAUACUCUAGAAUUUAGAUAGAAAAAUAUAAGGAUAUCAUGGAUAGAAGAGAUUAGAAAAAAGAAGAAAUACUUCAUGAGAUGAUGUCUGAGUGUACGUUUAGACCAAUAUUAAGUGAAAGAAGCCUAUCAAUGGCCGCAGUAUCUCAUAGAUCUAAAAAUGCUAAUAAUAAUUCUAAAUGCUAGGAUAACUUCGACUUUACUUUGGCAAGAGAUAACUCUAAUGAUAAAAUCAAUCACAGUAAUUGCAAAAAUAAUUCAGCAAAAUAAGUGAUUGAAAACUCUUAGUAAGAGUUUGAAUGUACUUUUCAACCUAAAAUAAAUAAGCAGGAUGAAAAAUCUACACCUGUCUGGUAAUAAGACCUUGAAAAGCCGAGAGGAUUUGAAAAAUAAGUAAGCCGUUAUAAGAGAGCAAUUGAAGUAAAAGAGGAAAAUAAGAAGAUUUUGGAUAAUAUGGGAAAACCUUUAAACUACUCAGGAUAACCUACAAUUUUUUCCCCUUUCAAAUUUUUUGAAAGAGAAAAACUUAAGUCUACUAAUAAGAAUCUUGAAGGAAUCUUGUAGUUGGAUAGAAAAGGUGAAAAGAACAUGUUUACUUUUGACAUAAAAAUAAAGAAGGACAAAAUUAUCAAAUUAAAAAUUUCAGAUUACGAAGAUAAGUCAGAAGCUGUUUAGAAAUUCUGCAACUUCUACAAACUUGGAAAAGAAAGAGAAGAUAUAAUCACCAACGAGGUAAAAAGAUUCUUUGAAAGAAAAGUGCUUCUUCUGUAGCAGCAAUAGUUGCUAUCGGGCUAUUCGGAAAACUCAAGUUAAAAUAUUCUAAGUGCGAAAGAGACACCCAUGCCUGAUUAUCUCAACGAUAUAAUUGAGGAGUUUGAAAGUAAAAAUAGCUAAUGA